CUCCUCGAUCUCGCUGAAAUCUGAUGGAUCCCAUGGAUCUCGCUGGUAACUCCAUUGAUCUCCAGGUCAUUGGUAUCGAUGGCGGAGGUUUCGCCAUGUCGGUGUCCAAAAAUCUGCUGGGCCGUGAGCUGCGAAAUUUGGUGAGUGCUCAGCUGCCUUCCAAGCCCGGAGCCGCGCUGGCAUUGCUUCAUGGAGACUCCCAAGUUUGUCUCACAAAAAGUCUGGAAGAACAAGGUUUGGAGGGCCAAUGCUCCGUGUCGUACAUCUUUGUGCCUGCCAACGUGCAACAUGCCUGGAAGGUCUUGAAGGGCUUGCCCGUUGAGGACGUGGAUUUCGCGAUGGAGGGCUUGACGCAUUUCAAGCGAAUCAGUAACCUCGAGCAGGUGCGGUGUCUCCCACGCAGCAGCCACAACUUGACCUUCUGCAAUCAAUUCGAUGAGAGUCUCUGUGAGGUUCAGCUGCCUGAGACCUUGCGAGUUUUGACCUUUGGCGAAUGUUUUAAUCAGCCUUUGGAUGCAGUGAAAUUGCCAAGCAAUUUGCAAUCUUUGAGCUUGGGCUUUGAUUUCAACCAAAGCCUGGAAAAUGUCAAGUUGCCCCUCAGCCUCGAGAGUUUGACCUUGGGCUACGAGUUCGACCACGAUUUGAAGUCGGUGACGUUUCCCAACCUUUUGAGCUUGACAUUUGGAUAUGCGUUCUCACAGAGCCUUGUUGGAGUAGAUCUUCCGAGAACCUUGCAAAAUUUGACCUUUGGCCAUACAUUUGAUCACAGCUUGGAUGACGUGAAGCUUCCUGAUGGCCUGCAAAGCUUGACAUUUGGAUAUAAGUUCAAUCAGUCUUUGAAGAGGGUGAACUUUCCCGGACACUUGUCGAGUUUGACCUUCGGCGAGUGCUUCAACCAGAGCCUCUCAGAGGUCACACUACCGAGCUCUCUGCGACAUUUGACCUUCGGGCAUCGCUUCGACCAAUGUCUUGGGGACGGGAGCCUGCCCGGCAAUUUGGAGACUCUGACCUUCGGCUAUGCCUUCGCGCAACCUUUGGAGGGCUCUCAGCUCCCAGCGGGCCUUCAGUGCCUGAUUUUUGGUGACAGUUUUCAUCGCCUGCUGGAUGCGGUGAACCUGUCGGGCCUUCAAAGUUUGACCUUCGGGGAAUGCUUCAGCCAGCCCUUAGACAUGGUGAAACUGCCGGAAAAGCUCCAGCAUCUCACGUUGCGCUAUGCCGAGUUUGAACAGAACUGGAAGGCAGUGGCUCUCCCCGAAGGGCUCCAGCAUUUGGUCUUCGGUGGCAGAUUCGACCAACGAAUCGAUCAUUUGCGGCUGCCAGAGGGGCUACAGAGCAUUACUUUCGGUGACACCUUCAACCAAUUUUUGGAUCGCGUGAAACUGCCGGAUGGUCUACAGAUGCUAAAUCUAGGAGAUUCCUUCAAUAGCGGUUUGGACCACGUUAGCUGGCCCUCCAAACUGGCUUCGCUCUCCUUGGGCCACUGCUUUGAUCGACCCGUUCAGCAGGUGAUUCUGCCAGAAGGUCUGCAGCACUUGACCUUUGGCCAUGACUUCGCGCAGACCUUAGACGGCUUCAAAUUGCCCGGCAGCUUGCAGACAUUGACAUUGGGAAAUAGUUUCGAUCAUUGCAUCGACAAGCUGAUUUUUCCCGAAGGACUUGAAAGUUUGACCUUCGGCGAGGCCUUCAACCAGGCUUUGGAUCAAGUGCAGUUUCCCAGUGCUUUGAAGCAUUUGAUCUUUGGGGAUGGCUUUGACCAAAGCUUGGUAGAGGUGAAACUGCCAUGUCAUCUGCAAACGCUGAAAUUCGGUUUCGAGUUCGACCGGUCCCUGGACGGUGUGUCUCUGCCCGACAGCCUGCAGACCUUGGUCUUGGGCGGUCGAUUUGAUCAGAGUUUGGAAAAUGCAAAUCUGCCGAGCGGAUUAAAGGACCUGGUCUUAGGCGAUGGUUUCGAUCAAUCCCUGGACAAGGUGAAGCUUCCAAGCGGUUUGGAAGGCAUUCAAUUUGGCCACGCCUUUCAUCAGAGUUUAGAGCACGCGAAGCUGCCAGGGAGUCUUCGGAGACUCACGGGCACCGAUCUGGUGAUUGCCAGCCUGACGUGCAGUUGGCUUCAGGGCGAUUGGAGCACUUGCAGCCGUAGCUGUGGCCUGGGACUGCGACAGCCGGGGCCCCAGCGUUCCGUGACUUGUUCCUCGGGCGAGGAUUCUGACUGUGUGGCUGGCGAACGACCUAGCAGCAGUGAGGCGGGCCUGCUACGAGCGUGGCGGUUGCACCUGGCAAACUUCCUCCUGGUCCAGUUGCAGUGCAAGCUGCGGCACGGGGCUGCGCACGCGACAGGUGACGCGAUGCCGGUGCGAUCGGAAAGCUGUUACAACAGCACCUGGCAUGAGGGUGCUUGGUCUGAAUGCUCCAACGACUGCGGAGCCGGGCAAGAGGCAACGAGCCUACGAGCUGUGGAGAAAGUCCCGCCUCCCAACAGGCAUGGCCUUGCGACAGCUGAUGAGCUGAAACCGGUGUGCUUCGAGACUGUUGGGUGUCACUGGCUGGUGGGCAGCUGGUCCAACUGCAGCGAGGGCUGCGGUCUGGGCACACGCAGUCGGGAGAUCCGCUGCUCAGGCGGUCCUCAGGAGUUUUGUUCGGCCGCCCGGCCGGCCGACCGGCAGAGCUGCGAUGCGGACAGCGCGGCCAGGUUCAUGAUCGGCCCCUCCUGCGGCUGGACGACUGGAGCCUGGUCCGCGUGCGGUGUGAACUGCGGGCCGCAGCAGAGGGAGGUGACCUGCAGCGCGUCGUGCUUUGGAAAGGCACCCAGUGCUCUGCGGCCCUGUCAGGACGCUGCAGCGUGCGCAGAGCAGGGGAACGCCAGUGCCAGGUUCGAGGUUUCGUUGUUGAUGGAUGACCUUUCGACUGAGCUUCUCUCCAACUUGGUGGCGGGAACCCAAGAGGCCGUGGCGGAGAUGUUACAAGUUUCUCCUGCAGAUGUACAGGUCAGGGUGGUGAAUGAGACCGCACGGACACGACGACGGUUGAGCGUCCGCCUGAAAUUGGAGGUGGAAGUGGUAAGCUCGGCCGGAAGUGUUGCCAUGUUGUCCUCAGAGCUGGGCAAGGAGAUGCUGCACACUGAGCUCUUGGAAACCUGGGAUGAGAAAGGCUUACCUCUGGAGGACUUCAGUGUGCUGGUGAGUUCUGUAGAAACCGAGACUCAAGAAACGACGCAAGCUCCGAGCGAAUCUGCAGUUGAGCAACCUCCAAAUGUCUCAAAUCUAGCGGUCUUAGUGGUGGUGGUCUGCACCUUGUUGUGCUCGGCAGUUGCUGGAGCGUUGUAUUGCUGGCGAUGGCAAAGAGUUGGCGCCACAGUGGUGCCUCAAAGUCCCAAGUUGCAGAUGCCCACAUCGCCCUGCCCACAAGCUCCAGGUGAAUCUUUGAAAUCGCCCAAGGGAGGCGCUUCCCCUGCGGCGGUAAGUGCCAUGAGGCACGCUGCCUCGGCCUCGGCUGAUGCCACUAAGCCGACUUUGACGUUGCCAGUGGAAGCCAGGAAGGUGGUGCCAGAGCCGCGCGCAUCGAAUGCAUCGAAUGCAUCGAAUGCCGGAAGCGAGCGAAUGGCGGAAGCAGUGACUGAAGAGGCAAAUGAAAUGAAGGAGAGAGUGCGACCCACUUCACUGCAAGUGCGGGUGGUCCAGCCGGGUGAGAAACCUUCGGCUCGAGCGGUCCGUGUGACCAACGCCACUGUGACGCGCAGCAGCACGGCAGUGUCUUCCAGCAGUAGGAGUCCGUUGAGCCACGCUCCACGUCCCAGUGAUGGGGGCAUUGACGCCGCACAGAGGACUAGCAGGUCCGAGCCACACCGGCUUCCCUUGGAACCAAUGGGUCGAUGA